AUGGAUGAGUUUUCGGAGGUCUCUAUAACUCUGGGCUUGCCCGGGAGCGCACUAGGUCCUCUAUUGAAAAGGUUUGCUGGGAGCGUCCAUAUUGAAGAUUCUAGAGGGCACCGAGAUUACGACAAAUGGAGAUGA